AUGUUUUUUAACGUCAUUUUUUGGGUAUUUGGUGUCAUUCCUUCACUUUGGUGUUUCGGCGUCUUUUGCAAAAGUAAUUUUCUAUUUUUUGGCGUAUUAUUGCUUUUAUGGCUACCAACCUCAAUAUGUUUACGCCUACCAAAAUGCUUCUUAACAAAUUUAUUUUGUCACCAACAAGACAAUCCUUCAAUUAUUUCAAUUUUUAGUUUAUUAAUUACUUCAAUUAUUUUAUUCCAAAAUUUGUUGAAAAGAUGGAUUCUUUUAUUACGUCAAAAAAUAAUUUUGGAAAAUUUAAUUAAACAGCCUUUACUUUGUGCGACGUUUUUUAAUCAUUUUUGUGUUAGAAUGGAAAUGGUCUGUGAAAAUGAUGAGGAAGAUAAAGAGCUUUUUGAUAGUUGGAUCAAUUGUUUUGGCAAACAAUUAAGAAGUAAAAUUUCAGUGGGUUUUGAAGGUUUUACUAAAAUAUCUGAUCAGAAGAAAAAUCAAAAUAAAAAAUCUGUUCAAUUUAACAAAUCAGUUUCUUUAAUUAAUUUGACACAAAAGGUUGGCUAUCGAUUAACGAAGAGAAGUAAAAGUGCAAAAUAUAUAAGUGAUUAUUGUACAAUUGAAAGUGCUGGAGAAUUGGCAGCUGGAGAAUCGCCCAAAAAAAUUAUAUCAACAAAACCAAAAGUUCCAAGAACUCCAAUUCCCCAAACAACACCAACAGACCCGCUAGGGCCACCAUUAAAACUUCAGCCAACGUUGUUAUCUCCUAUUACGCCUGAGGAAAAUAAAUGGAUAUUUAAUAGACAUUCUUUAAAAAAUGAAGAAAAAAUUGUAGAAGAAAAUUUGGAAGAAAAUAAAAUUUUAAAAGAAAAAGUGAAAGAAGAAAAUAAAUUAAUUAUAGAAACUGCCAAGUGUCUUUAUUGUCCAGCCGGUGUUAAUUGUUGUGUUCAAAAUGUACAGGCUAGAAGUAUUCAUUAUUAUACUCUUUCCACUGAUAUUAGCCCAAUUGAUUAG